GGGUCCAGACAGAGGAGUCGCUGUGUCCCGGCGGCGUGGUGUGGAGCGCCCGCCGGGGCCGCGGGAGCAGGCGCCCCGCGGAACUACUACUCCCGGACCAGCCCGGGCUCCGCAUCUCCGCCCCGCCGCGCUCUCAGGCGCCGAGCACUACAACUCCCGGCAUGCCGUGAACUUGACGGCCGCACCUCCGAGGCGGCGUCCGGCCCUCUGGCCCGCCCCGCUCCCCCGCCCGGUCCCCGCCGCUGCUCCGGCCGCGCGCGGAGCGGGGACGCGAGCCAUGGAGGAGACACCGCCCCCGCUGCUGGGCAGCAGCAAGCCGCACCUGGAGAAGCUGACCCUGGGGGUCACCCGCAUCCUAGAAUCAUCCCCAGGUGUGACAGAGGUGACUAUCAUAGAAAAGGCGCCUGCUGAACGUCAUAUGAUUUCUUCAUGGGAACAAAAGAAUAACUGUGUGCUGCCUGAGGAUCUGAAGAACUUUUACCUGAUGACCAAUGGCUUCCACAUGACGUGGAGUGUGAAGCUGGAUGAGCAUACCAUUCCAUUGGGCAGCAUGGCAAUUAACAGCAUUUCAAAACUGACUCAACUCAACCAGUCUGCCAUGUACUCACUCCCUAAUGCACCGACUCUGGCAGACCUAGAGGAUGAGACACAAGAAGCCAGUGAGGGCCGGCCGGAGAAGCCCCACUUUGAUUCCCGCAGUGUGAUAUUUGAGCUGGACCCUUGCGGUGGGAAUGGGAAGGUUUGCCUCGUCUACAAAAAAGGGAAACCAGCAUCAGCACAGGACGCUGAGAUCUGGUUCCUGGACAGAGCGCUGUACUGGCAUUUUCUCACAGACACCUUUACGGCCUAUUACCGCCUGCUCAUCACCCACCUGGGGCUGCCCCAGUGGCAGUACGCCUUCACCGGCUAUGGCAUUAGCCCGCAGGCCAAGCAUGAAGACUGGCAAAGAAUACCAUGGACAGCAACCAGGGACACAAACCACCCUCAGAAUCGUUCAGCUCCAACACUGGGAGAGUCCUUAUCCCUCAACCAAAAGCUGCAAAGUGAGGGACAGACUAUUAAGGACAAGAUUAAACCUCUGGAAAAACAGCUGACCUUUACCAAGGAUCCAGUUCCCAGUUUUAUACCUUUAAACUUUAUUUUUAAAUAAGGUCAGCCCCUUGGGAUAGAGCUGGAGAUAAGAUUGCACUUGAGGAUCUGUGUUUCAGUGCCUGGUGGUUCCAGGUGGCGCUAGACCCUGGCCACACGGGUUCUAGACAGAGUGUUGGGAUUCCAGAAUACAGAAAACUAUUUUCCUUCAAACAUUUGGUUCUAAAACAGACUGCUGUGGCCUCAAUUACUAUCUUCAUAAAUCAUGUUUUAGGUCAUUUUAAAAAAAUGGGAAAUCACUUUCAGUAUUAUAAUAUCACUAGAAGGAAGAAUUCAGUCAAGCACAAGACCAACUGAAAAAUGAAUCUGACAACUUUUUUUUUUUUUUAUAAACACAAGCUUGUAAAGUUUAACCCAAAGGUGAACUUCUAUCUACACAUGCUGAUUUAGGAAAUUGUUUGGAUUACGACAGCCUUUACGAAUUUCAGGACAAGUUUUUCUUCCAAAGAGAGACAAGUUUUUUUUUCACACCACUUCCAGAUGGACUGCGAUGCUAGAACCCAUUUCCUUCCAUUGAGACUGCACUUCUCAGGAUGGGUUGUGCUGGGAACAGAUUCCUUUAUUCCCUCGUCACUUCCAGUCUGAAUGUCCCAUCUUCUGAGCCAAGAAGCGCACUGAUGUUGACUGCAUGGCUCUAAUUCUGUAGCCAGGUCUACCACCAGCUGCUGUGUGCCAAGUUCCAGUCAAAAUGACCUUGUCUCAAUCAGCAUACCACAAGGACACUUUUUUUUUUUUCCCAGGGACUGGAUGGAGCAGCUACAAAGCUCCCCCAGGCAACCAUCUCUUUCUGUAUAGCUACAUCUUAAAUCCUUACUUGAAACUUGGGGUUUAAAAAAAUAUAGUUAUUCCAUUGGCUACCCUAUGCAAAUGUGUUUUUGGAAAGGAUGACUGCUUCCAUUUCCUUGCCCACUGCCCUGCCCAGAAGUAUCUGGCCAUCCCCCAGUGGAACCCCCUCCCAGAGAGCAGUGCAAGGUUAAAAGCAUUUCUAAACAGAUGCCAUUAUGGGCAAGGGUUGCCUCUGAAGGAAAAUGAGCUUUCUGGUUUAUGUUCUGAAAGAGCAAAAGCCAAAGCCUCUGCUUAGCUAAGCCAGCUGAAUCGUCCAAGUACUGCAGGGACCUCUCACAGUCCAAGGAAACCCGCUGCUGACACCGAGGAACAGAAGGUGCUCUGCUGACCUGGCGGUGGAUUUACUGCCCUGUCUCUUAACAUGCUGUGCUGGCUGGCUGUGGAGUAUCUUUUAUUUUUCUUCCAGGUUUAUUGAGAUAUAGUCGACAUACAGCCCUGUAUAUUUACAUUUCAGGUGUACAGCCUAAUGAUUUGACUUAAAUACAUCAUGGAAUGAUGACCACAAUAGGUUUAGCAAACAUCUAUCAUCUCAUAUAGAUGGAAAAUUAGAGAACUAGAAAAAAGUUUUGUUUUCUUGUGAUGAGAACUCUCAAGAUUUACUCUUUUAACAACUUUCAUGGAAAACAAACAGAAAGUGCUCAUUUAUUCUGUACGUCCCUACUAAUUUAUCAUCUAACUGGAAGUUUGUGCCUUUUGACUGUCUUCAUCCAAUUCCCCCUUCCCCUACUCACCCUCUCUGGUAACCACAAAUCUGAUCUCUUUGUUGGGUUUGCUUGUUUUGCAGUGUAAUGGGCCUGCAACACCAUGUUCCUGGUGUAGAAGACCAUUCCUGUUACUCUCAUCAAUAGUUGCUCUCUAAAUAGUUGUAACUUUGGUGUGCCCAUGGCGGGUGGUGAGCUCAGGGUCUUCCUCUUCCACCAUUUUGGCCACUCCCCUGGAGUAUCUUUCAUAUUUGACCAAUUUCUUCCUGUUUCCACCUGAAUCAGAUAACUUACAAAUUAUAUCAAAAUAGAAGCAAAUUUGUUAAAUAGAAACUGACCGAUGAGCCCCUCCCAUAGGAGAUGAGGAUGUGAGUGUGUCUGAGUCUCUGCAAACAGGAGACCUGGCAUGCAGACCUCUUCCUGCCCCACC